AUGGCCCAACCACCCACAAUAGACCAUCUCCUCAAUCUCGUCCCCGACUCCCCCUCCACAGUCCUCUCACACCUCCGCACCCAUCCCGGUCUCGCAUCAAAACAGGACGGACAUGGCUACUCACUGCUCCACGCAGCAACCUCAUACAACCACGUCGACCAGCUGAAAGCUCUAGUCCGGGAGUUCAAUUUGGACAUCAACCUCAAAGACGAAGACGGCGAGACUUGUCUCUUCAACGCCGAGACCGUGGAAGUGGCGAAAGAACUUCUCGAGCUGGGCGUGGACGCUACCGCGAAGAACGACGACGGAUUGACCGCGGCGGAGAAAUUGGCGGAUGAGGAUGAAGCGCCGGAUGUUGCUGCGUACCUUAACUCACUUCACCCAGCCGACUCUACUGGCCCAGCCGCCCAAGGCGAUGCUGCGACAGACGGCGAUAGUGAGGAUGUGCACCCGCCUCCCCCAUUGCCGAAUGGGAUUCAGGUCAAUCUAGGCACCAUGCACGAGAACGACGCAGGAGGUGAGCCGGACCCGGCUUUUCGGAGACGGAUUGAGGAAUUGGCGGCACGGCAGGAUUUCGAAGGGAGUGAGGGACAGAGGGAGUUGAGGGGGUUGGUGCAGGAGGCGGUGGAGGGAAUGGAGAUUGAGGGGGGUAGAGGGGCGGGGAGUAGGAGGAGGUUGGGUUGA